GUUUCGGUCAUUAUAUAUCCUUAAAUGUGUUAGCCCUUGAAUUGCACUGUUGGGCUGGGACGCUACUGGCCACUGGUAUUUUGCCUUUUUGGUUUGGCCUCCCGCUUGGCAAGGCCCUGCUCCUUGGAAGUCCAAGGAGGCAAUAUUAGGAGCUGCGAAUGUCUUUGCCGAUGCGAUCGCCUGCGGCGGGCUUCUAGCACGCGGGGAACGCAGGGCCCAAUUUAUGUGGCAUAGCGGACAAGUGUCACAGCAGCAAUAUAACAAUCAACGCACGCCAUUACAACAACAACAAACUCAUGGACAGCAGGAUUUCUCAGCUGCAGCUGCAGCAGCAAGCCCAGGCGCCUGGGGCAGGGCUUUGCUUCCAGCCGGCUCCAGCGUCUCAACUGCUGGGUCGCAGCAGUACUCUCCAACUGGAGGACUCGUGUUACCUACCCAGUACCUGCCUGGGAUACCGUUUGCUGUACCGGGUCUGCACCAGCAGCCAACACAGCUUGCGGGCGCCCUGCCACAGCAACAACAAGCUCUCCAGCCACUGUUCGCGCAACAGCAGUUCCAGAUGCAGCCCCAGCAGCAAACGCAGAGUGCUGUUGCACACUCGUCGCUUCAGCAAACACUGCAGCAGCAACAGCAGCAGCAGCUUUGGCAGGUGCAGCAAGCUUGGAUUAUUACGCAGCAGCAACAGUCACAAUUGGUGGUACAGCAGCCGCAGGUGCAACAACAGACCUUACGCCAGCAGCAGCAACCGUACCAGCGGCAGCAGCAACCUCCCCAACAGCAACAACAACGGGCUUUCCAGCGUCAACAACAGCAACAAGCUGUGUUGCCGGAGCAGUCUCCUGCCGUACAACCGCCACCCCAACGCCAUCAACAACCGAUCCUACAACAACAGCAGCUUGCACCCCAGCAACGGCACGUGCAGGCUGCCCCCACCAACAUUCACCAGAUAGCCCCAACCGGCACCACCGCCGGAGGGCGUGGCUGGGGUGGUCAACGCCUUCCCUAUCCCGGCCAUCAUGAAUCCUCCUCUGCUGCCGCCGGUGGUGGCGGAGACCCCCACACUGGUGGUGGCGGCGGCGGCAGGGGUCGCGGCCGUGGCGGCGGGCCCUCCGGUCGCGGCUGGCGUGAUGCUGGUGGUGGUGGCCGCGGCGGCGGCGGCCGGGGUGGUGGUGGCAGUCCCAGCGCUGACGUCAUCGUCAACAACCUCCUGGCCGCCAUCCGGCAUCUGCACCCUUCCACGCCCAUACAUGAGGCCCUGGGCAGCCGUCUGGCGGAACUCGACAGUCGCGGAUUGGCCUCACUGGUUAAGCAACUGUCCGUCAGUGGCAUGUCUGGUCGCGCAUGGGAGCUGUUUGACUGGCUCCGGAACCUGGAUCCAAACCAUGAGCUGGCUCGCCGACUCCUGGAUGUCUUCGUGUACACCGCCAUGAUAUCGCUUUGCAGCAGCAGCAGUGCCGGCGGCGGCGGUCGGCUGGGUGAUGCGGAUGUUGCGUUGGCGCUGAGUCGUGAGAUGGUGGCCCGUGGCGUGCCUCGCAACGUGCACACCUUUUCCGCUCUCAUGAACGUGUGCAUCAAGGCGGGGCAGCACCAGUCGGCGCUGGAGGUGUGGCGGGAGCUGCAGGAGGCGGGCUGCCGGCCUAAUGUUGUGACGUACAACACUCUUCUGGAUGCGUACGGCAAGACGGGCCAGUGGGCCGAGGCACUCAAGGUCCUUGCGAGGAUGAAGGAGGAGGGCAUGGAGCCGGUGACCCGCACCUACAACACGCUCAUGAUCGCCUGCAACGCCUCCAACCAGUGGCACGAGGCGCUGGGGGUGUACCAGCAGCUGCUGGCGGCCGGGCACUCGCCCAACACCACCACCUACAACGCGCUCAUCACGGCAUACAGCAAGGCGGGGAGGCUGGAGAAGGUGCUGGAGACGAUGAGGGAGAUGGAGGCUGCCGGCUGCGAGCGCACCGUCAUCACCUACUCCGCACUCAUCUCCGCAUGCGAGCGCGACGGGCAGUGGGAGCUGGCGCUGCGCAUGUUUGGUGCCAUGCGGGCGGAGGGCUGCGAGCCCAACGUCAUCACCUACAACAGCCUCAUCACCGCGCUGGCUGCGGGGGCGCAGUGGGAGCGGGCGGCGGAGGUGUUUGGACAGCUGCAGAGGCAGCCGGGUUGCGAGCCCGACGUCGUGACCUACACCGCCCUCAUCAACGCCUACGAGAAGGGCGGCCAGUGGCGCCGCGCGCUGCAGGCCUUCGCCCACAUGCUGCAACAGGGCUGCCGUACAGAUCACGUUGUGUUUGCCGCCGUCGUGGACGCCCUGUGGGACAGCGGCGUCGCGCCGGCGCAGGCGCGGGCUGCACGGAUCUACCGCGCGGCGCUCACUCGCGGGCUGGUCAAGCCGCUGACUGCUACCGCCCCCGCUGCAGCUGGUGGGGAUGCGCCCGCCUCCGGGGGUGAGGGGGCCGCUGCUGGUGGUGCUGCAGGAGGAGGAGGCAGUGGUGGCGGUGGAGCAGCUGCUGGUGCGGAGCUGCAUGAGCUGCACCUGGGGGCGAUGGCGACUGGGUCGGCGGUGGCGGCGUUCAUGUGCUUCCUGGCGGAUGCGAGGGACCGAGCCAUCUCUUCGGGCCCCGAGGCGGCCCUGCCGCGGCGCCUUGUACUGCGCUUCGGUCGCUCGCGCUCUGGCCGCGACGGCGGCCCCGCGCUUCCGCUCCGAGAGGCCCUCCAGAACUGGCUGACGACCCGUGGGUCACCUUUCCAAGUGCUGUACGACGCAGUUGCUUCUCCCACCGUAAGCACCGUCGGCAGCGCAAGUGCCGCCGCCGUUGCUGCUGUAGCUGCAGGCGUGGCAGCCGCCGGUGCGCCGGGCGUGCCGUCAUUGGCCGCCGCUGCAGCCUCCGCGGCGGCAGCGCCGCCGGUGUCGCGUCUGGAGGCCGCCGGCGCCGACCUUGCGCUGUGGUUGCUGGGUGAUUCCGCCGCGGCGGCGCUAGUGCCGUACGGCCGCGUCGGUGUGGGCAGCGGGGGCGAUGCGGUGGCGGCGGCGCUGGAGGCGGCGGAGCAGGAGAUGGCGGAGGAUGCUGCGUUGGAGGCUACCUGCCGCGCUAGCUUCGAAGAGGUCCGUCGCUUCGAGGGCUCCCACUGCCUCUCCGUCAUUGCCAUGGGCCCCGCCUACCUUGCCCGCCGUGCCGACCUGGUCGCCAACAUGCUCCAAGUCGCCGCCGCGCUGCAACUGCCGUACGACGCAACCCUCGAUGCCGUACUGCUGCUCGACCGCCUCAUGUCCUCCGGGCCUCAGCUACGUGAGGAUCUGCUGCCGCUAGCGGCCAUGACUGCGCUACGCAUGGCGGUGGGUGCAGCGGCGGCGGCAGCACCAGCUACCGCCUCCGCUGGCGGCGGCAACGUCCCUGGCCUGCAGCCACAGCAGCAAGCUGAGGCGGCGGCGACGGCAGCUGCACAGGACCUCACCGACACGCGGCUGUCGCAGCUGACGGGCUUGCCGGUGCUGGGGCUGCAGUCCAUGGAGCUCAGCAUCCGCGGGGCGCUGCUGGGCGACACCGCCGCGCUGUCCGCGUUGAGGUGCUUGCGGCUGUACCUGCAGCGGCUGGGGCUAGGGCCGGAGACGGGGGCG